GUGACAUUUUGUCUAAUAAUGGGACGUAAACAGUUUAGUGUAAUGUUUGGUUAUUACCUGUGAUAUAUAUUCAUGUCUUAUUUAUGUGAUAUAUAUUCAUUAACUGUGAGUGGUAUACAGGCUAAAGUUGAGGCAGAGAAAGAAGAAGGAAAGGGAGAGGAGGGAGGCAAAGAAGGUGAUCAAACCCAGGCCAUGGGCAGUGAACAGGAGCUAUGUGAUGUAAAAGUUGCUGAGGAUGUUCCCAAAAAGAAGAAGGGAAGGAAGAGGAGGGAGGGCGGCGAUGAUACUUUAAAAGUAUUUGUUAGUGGGCUACGGGCAAAGAGCCAAAGAACAACAAAGAAGCCCAAGUUCUUAGAAUCUCCCUUCCAAACUGAAUUGCCAAAGAAGGGAAGGAAAGGGAAGAAAGGUGUCGUUGUGGUGGGAGACGACGACGACAAGGGGGAGAAGGAUGAGGGGAAGCCACUUGCUGUUUCACACCUCGGUAGGAGUACAUCUGUUGCAGAGCUAUGGAAAAGGGAAAAAAGUGAAGAGGAAAAAAAAUUAUUAGAGACGUUGAAUAUGGGCAUUCCUUCUUCACAAGACUUUGAUGUCAGGCUACCGGGAACAAUCAACGAAGGCUUUUACCAUAAUUUCACCGUUGAGGACAUUCCUGAUGUGUUGGCUGAUGAGAACAAGUGGCUUCAACAUUUUCUUACAUUGAAAGUUGACAAUCGGUUAUGUUUUGAGGUUGAAGGCCACACUAUAUGCAGAUAUGAUAUGCUACAUCUUCUACGUGGUGGAAGAUUAAAGGAUGAGAUCAUUGAAGCUCUGGUUGCAAGUCUUCGAACAUGGCUCAAGCUGCCAAUAAAUGCCCAUGUCGAAAGAAAAUACGCUAUUGUCACGUCGUAUUUUAGUGUGAGUAAUGACGAUCAUAAUACAAUUUGAGUUAUAUUGCAUUUAUAUGACUUUCUUUUGCUUGCUGUAUUUUCUGUUUUCAACAGAUUUGGUUGCUAACUGCUUCAAAUUUGGAUGAGCGCAAUGUCUAUAAAAAUUACAUAAAGAAGCAUAUAGAUGAA